CGAGCCUCCGUGACGUCAUCGGUGCGAAGAAGAUGGCAGCGCUCGUGAAGGCGGAAGUGGUGCAGUUUAUUCCUCCCUGGAUUGUGUGACUGCCCCCUACAGACUGGAGGAGUGAGUGAACUUCACUAUGAACAACAAAGACAGCACUACAGAGUCUGAGAGCAGUGGUCAGAUGAAAGUGUUUUUGCCCAAUAAACUGUUGGAGUGUUUACCGUGCACCACGACAUUACCCAAAGAGAGACUGCGCUGGAAUACUAAUGAGGAAAUUGCUUCCUUCCUGAUAUCAUUUGACAGACAUGAGGAGUGGCUGUCCUGCACUCUUAAGACCAGGCCACAGAACGGUUCAGUUAUCCUGUACAACCGCAAGAAAGUAAAAUAUCGCAAAGAUGGAUACUGCUGGAAGAAACGGAAGGACGGAAAGACGACAAGAGAGGAUCACAUGAAGCUGAAGGUGCAGGGCAUGGAGUGUCUUUAUGGUUGUUAUGUUCAUUCCUCCAUCGUUCCCACAUUCCACAGGAGAUGCUACUGGCUCCUGCAGAAUCCAGACAUUGUUCUAGUGCACUACUUGAAUGUGCCCUCACUAGAGGACAGUGUGAAAACAUGUGGCCCGCUGUCGUGUGCACUGACCGACCGCCGCGACAGUCUGCGUUGGAGCCGAGAUGAACUGCUGUCACAACUCAAACCCAUGUUCCACAGUAUGAAGUGGUCUUGUGGAGGGAAUGGUACAGUGGAACUCUCAGUAGAGCAGAUGGUGCAACAGGUCCUAGAAACCCAACAGACCAAACCACAACCACGAACACACACCUGCCUAUGCGCUUCUCCCAGCUCCAACAUUCCUCACCGCUGCAACAGCACAAAACAUCGCAUCAUCUCCCCCAAACUGCCAACCUGCUCCACCACUUACCCCGCCCUCACGGAGUUGCAGAAUAUGGCUAAUGAGGGCUCAGGAGCGGAUGUCAGCCGAGAGGCAGGACCAGGUGAUGCAUUAGUUGCUGUUGUGCCUUCGGAGAGGAAGCAGUUGCCUGAUAAGCCAGAAGACUCGGGGCGAGCUGUUAGUGAGGACACAGGGGGUGUGGCUUCACCAUGCUCCGCCUCUUCUUCAUCCUCUUCGAGUCCACCGCUAACACAACGGGCAGCGACUAUUGCACUUUGUAACGGAAACAGGUUCUAUGGUGACCAGCGAGGAGGACUUGCCACCGUUGCCCUGCCGCAAAAUGCAGUCAUUGUCAUGACGACAGCAGCACCGUUGGGGUGUGGUGGCGAGGAGACAAAGAGCGAGUUGGGCACUACCAGAUUGCCGCUCACCCGUACCGGCGGGAGGCUCGUCUUGUCUCCUGUACCGCACAAACAGGAUGCACCCUCUCCACCAAUCACUGCCAACCCGCUAAACCCCACCCCACCCAAUCAUGGUGUGGCCACACUGUCACUCACUUUACUGCCCAGCCCUGUGAUUCGAGGACUGCUUCUUACCGAGCGCAUAAUCCCUGAAGCUCCAGGGACUCUCCUACAUCCGGCAUCCCAGUCAUCCUCACUGCUUCCAUUCGACCCAGACUCUUUCCUCAACAGCCCCAAACAGGGGCAGACCUACGGAGGACCCACCCUCAUCACCCACAGCUCCGCCCACUCUUUUUCCAGCUCUUCCUCUCCAUCCCCGCCCCCCUCCAUGUCUCCUCAGCCCCCGUUUCUUGCACAGUCUCUCUCGCCCACUUCUCCACCAUCAUCUCUGUCUUCCUUCUCUUCCGUGACGGAGAGGAAGAGCAUUCCGGGUCGUCCGGCCUCCAGCCCCGCCUCUCUGACUCCUUCCCUUGCUUUUUCACUCUCUCCAACUCGCUCUACUCUCGCGCUGCCUCCUUUGUGUUUGGAGUCGUCUUUAGGUCUUGAUUCGUUAACGCAACCGCUAAGUCCCACCCUUGGUGUGCAGGAAUCUUCCAAAGCUCCUCCUACUGGAUUUGACACUCAGGCUUCAUCCAGUCAGCUGCUGACCAAUCAGCACUUACCUUCCCAACACAUGAACAACCAGUUGGCAUCCACCAAUCAACUCUCAGCAACCCAAAUAAUGCAAAGUCAACCCUCCCUGGAAGUCUUACCGACCAAUCAGUUGCCUCCAGAAGCAGAGAAGGUGGAUCUUAGACAGCAGCCACUUCAGGUGCAGUCUUGUCUCAUGGCAACCCACUCAACAUGCAUUCAGCAGCAGAAUUUGACCCCGCCUCCAGCCACACCCACAAGCGGACAGGUGAGUCCCAUACAGGUGAAGGAGGAGCAGUCCCUGUCCACUCAGGUGCCAUUUGAAUCAGAUGUGACUCCUAUGGACACCACACAAAGUUCUGACUCAACUCACAUAGACAAUGAGGAGGCGGGACUCACGUUUGACUCCACCUUUCCUGACCUCAUAUCUGAGCUGAUUACCGAUGAGACCAUGAGCCACACCUCCACCCCAGACCCACCCAUCUAUCCUAUCAGGUACAUGGUUCCACCUCAGCCAACACCAUCCACCUCGUUCCUGCCCUUCCCCCUCCUUACAAACACCCAUUCGCUCAUGGCCAGCGGCUUGCCAGAGGACCCCCAGCGGCUGGCCAACAUCACAGACUUCUCACCUGAGUGGUCCUACCCAGAGGGUGGAGUGAAGGUGUUGAUCACAGGUCCAUGGUCCGAAAUAGACAGCAGAUACGUGUGUGUGUUCGAUCAGAGUCGAGUACCUGCUUCUCUCAUUCAGCCAGGUGUGCUGCGCUGCUACUGUCCAGCUCAUGAAGCUGGACUUGUCGCUCUGCACGUGUUGAAGGAUUGUAGUGCCAUCUCCACUUCUGUGCUGUUUGAGUAUCGCGCCCGCAACGCGUCGUCUUUACCGAGCUCACAACUGGACUGGUUAUCACUGGAUGAUAAUCAGUUCAGGAUGUCGAUUCUGGAGCGGUUGGAGCAGAUGGAGCGAAGGAUGGCAGAAAUGACCAACAACAAUCAACAACGUCAACAUGUUCAUCAUCAUCAUCAUCAUCAGAGUCCCGCACCUCGAUUAACACCUGAAAACCAGUCGGGUCUGUGGUUCGAGCGCAGGAUCGUGGCGUUGUGUGAGCGGAUGAUGUCGAGCGGUCGGUGGGUUCGAGACUCGGAGACAGAGAGACUCACACACUCCGUCAGACACAGAGGGAUGACACUACUGCACCUCGCUGCUGCGCAGGGAUACACACAGCUCAUACACACACUCAUACGCUGGAGGAGCAUCAGUGUGAACAGUUUAGAUCUGGAACAAGAAGUGGAUCCUCUGAACGUUGAUCAUUUCUCCUGCACACCUCUGAUGUGGGCAUGUGCUCUGGGUCAUCAGGCGGCUGCAGUGUUGUUGUACAGAUGGAGCAGUGCCGCUCUGGGCAUUCCUGAUUUUCUCGGUCGACUGCCACUGGCGGUGGCACAUUCACGUGGACACACACGCCUGGCACGCUGUCUGGAGGAGUUACACACACACUCUCAGACACAACAACACACACAAGACACAUCCUCACCUCUGUACAGACCCCUCUCACCGCUGUCCAGCAGCCCGGACACAGGUUUGAGUUCGUCCAGUAGUGUUCCCUCCCCCAGUGACCCGCCCUCACCCUCCCCUAGCUCUGCCUACUCCAGCAGUUCGGUUCCUGACCCCAUGGACUCCUCCUCCUCACCCUCCUCCCCUUUCUCUGUCCCUCCUCCCGCCGGUUCGACCAACUCGCUCUUCCUGAUGGAUUACGAGGCUAUGAGCCCCCCCGCGCCACCCCCCACACACACGGAUGCGCUCUCUCUGCACUCUGAACUCGCCGACGAGCUGCUCAACUACAGUGAGAACGCCGAGAACGAAGAUUACCUGUCCGCUGAAGUCUUACAGGUCGACAUGGCAACACUGGCUGAGCAGAUCAUCGAGGCCACACCUGAGCGAAUCAAACAGGAGAAGUUUAACCGGGAGGCGGAGUCACCGCUCAGAGAGAGGUGGGACAAUCCUGCCAUUCAUGACACCAUGCCCUGGCUCGCUACAUACCUGGACACAGUCGACAGGAGCCUUUGUCCCACCCCUCCCUCCCCUCUCAGUGAUUUGGCGCUGCAGAGGCUCCGCCCCCCGAGUAGUGCAGCAUGGGCGGAGUUCCUCAAUGCUUCAGCCAAUGGGAGGAUGGAGAGAGAUUUUGCACUGCUGACGCUCACAGACACCGAGCAGCGAGAGCUGUAUGAAGCCGCACGCAUUAUUCAGAACGCAUUCCGCAGAUACAAGGGGCGGAGACUAAAGGAGCAGCAGGACAUGGCAGCUGCCGUUAUACAGCGCUGUUACCGCAAAUAUAAGCAGCUAACUUGGAUAGCAUUGAAGUAUGCAUUAUAUAAGAAGAUGACACAAGCAGCCAUACUGAUUCAGAGUAAGUUUCGCAGUUAUUACGAGCAGAAGAAGUUCCAGCAGUCGCGGCGAGCGGCCGUACUCAUCCAGCAGUACUACCGCAGCUAUAAAGAGUACGAGCGAGUGAAACAGGGACCGCGCGGCCCCGGGACCCUCAACACCAAGAUGAAAGGGACGUUCCUGACGAAAAAACAGGAUCAAGCAGCCCGGAAGAUUAUGCGCUUUCUCAGACGCUCCAGACACAGGAUUAAGGAGCUCAAACAGAGUAAAGAGCUGGAGCGGAGAGGACUGACCACCUGACCACACACACUUUCAGUCAUGUUUACAGUCAUCUCAAUAGCCCUGUUUGGACAGUAAUUGUUGUACAUGGGGGCGUAGGGUAAUUCCAGCAUUCACUGGGGCUAGUCAGUGAUUUUAUUGCCGUCUGAAUCCAAACUGUUGUUGUUUUUCUCCCACCACACGUGAGAACAUUUCCGGCUGAAUUACCUACUGUUUUUAGACAAACAUCAAGGUCAUGUGGUACUUCAGUUUCGUCCAAAUCCACAUCUCUGAGUUUACAAGCGGGAAUCAAUCCAAGAAGUUGUUUUGAAAAUCAGUUUUGACUUCUGCCAAGUGCCGUACGGUUAAUUUGACAAGAUGUACAUAUGUUUAUAUUUAAUACAAUGGAGGUUUGUAUCACAGAAAUGUCAGAAAUGAUUCACAUUAAUAAAGUGAUGUCGCUGCUCCAGCACAGUCAGAGGGGGCUCUUACAUAGAAGAAGAGGAAAUAUAGAUUUCUCACAUUUUCUUUACGUGGUAAAUGAGCAAAGCGCUCCGUGUUAACUCCGUUUACACUUAAUAUAUUCCAAAUAUAUUUGCAUAGCCUAUAUGUGAAAAUGUAUUUGCACAAAAUAAACAGGAAGCAGGAUGUGGACUGAGCAAUCACCUUAUGGAACAAGCGCAACUGAAAUCAUGUGAUCAGGACCCGCUGACUAGUGGCAGAACUAUCUGACUAGUCGACUACACACAAAUUCGCUUUUACAGACGUCACCCUGAGAAACAAUAACCGUCCACAAACACACCUGCCUUUGCCUGGUUUCACACACACUUUUCUAAACUAACAAUGAAUCUGAUUGAUUGUUUCAGAAGGUGAAAAUAUUGAUAGGAAUGAGAGACACACGUUACUCGUUAAUUAUUUACACAUCACACACACACACUCACACACUCACACCUACUCACACAUAACACACUCACUCACUCACUCACUCACACACACACACACACACACACUCACUCACACAUCACACACACUCACACAUCACACACACACACACAAUCACACCUACUCACACAUAACACACUCACACAGAACUCACACACCACAAACACACACACACUCUCACACACAGAACACAUCACACACACAUAACACUCACUCACUCACACACACUCUCACACAACUCACUCACACAUCACACACUCACACAUAACACACUCACUCACUCACUCACACAUCACACACACUCACACAUCACACACACACACACUCACACCUACUCACACAUAACACACUCACACACACACUCACACCUACUCACACAUAACACACUCACACACACACACACACACACUCACUCACACAUCACACACUCACACCUACUCACACAUAACACACUCACACACACACACACACACUCACUCACACAGAACUCACACACCAUAAACACACACACACACAGAACACAUCACACACACAUAACAAACACUCACUAUCUCACACACACUCACACACAACACACACAUCACACACAUAACACAAACACUCACACACACAUAGCGCACACGCACUCACACAUAUCACUCACACACUACAAAUACACACACUCACUCACACAGAACACACACACAUUCACACUCACACACCACAAACACACAUCACACACACUCACUCACACAGAACACAUCACACAUACAUAACUCACUCACACACAUCACACACUCACUCAACACAUGCACACACAUAACACUCACACACUACAAACACACACAUUCACUCACACACCUCAAACACACAUCACACACACUCACUCACACAGAACACAUCACACACAUAGCACACAAACACACACAUAACACACACACACACAUAACACAGACAGACAAACAAACUCACACCACACACACUCACUCACACAGAACACAUCACACACACACACACAUAACACACACACACACAUAACACAGACAGACAAACAAACUCACACCACACACACUCACUCACACAGAACACAUCACACACACACACACAUAACACACACACACACAUAAAACAGACAGACAAACAAACUCACACCACACACACUCACUCACACAGAACACACACACAUUCACACUCACACACCACAAACUCACACCACACACACUCACUCACACAGAACACAUCACACACACACACACAUAACACACACACAUAACACAGACAGACAAACAAACUCACACCACACACACUCACUCACACAGAACACACACACAUUCACACUCACACACCACAAACUCACACCACACACACUCACUCACACAGAACACA